CUCUCGUCAUAUAGUUCUGCUGUUCUUAUGGGCAUAAAUUAGUCCCUGUCCCAGCGUCAGCAAACUCUACCUGCCACAGCAACACCACAUCCUUCUCCUGGUCUGGCAUUGAAAUUCGCGUGCGCGCACCUCGACCCACGCUGACCCCAAAAGAAGCGGAUGAUAAUCGACUCUGACAAGCACCUCGCUGCGCCAGUGGAUAUAAAAGCGCCUGGCAGUGUCUGCCAAUGCAUCCACAUCCCGAACAGCGUCUUGGCUGGCAACUUGUCUUUGACCGGAACAGUCUACUCCAAAGAGCUACUUCAGAUACCCAUGAUGGCCGCCACCUCCACCAAGAUGCAAAUGCUAGUCUCCGUGCUCCUGCUGCUCGUGUCCCUCUGCAGCUGGACCCACGGGGUGCCCAGCAAGCGAUCCAGCAGGCUGUGCGGCGACAAGCUGUCCGAAGCCAUGGACAUGAUGUGCCCCAAUGGGUUCAAUGCCCGAAUUCCCCACAAGCGCGGCUUACUGGAUCUGUUCGAUUACGUGGACCACAUGUCCGAGCCGGCACUGGAUGAUGCGGACACCGCUGAUGAUGCGGCGGCCGUGGGUGCGGUCCUGCCCGAGGGUGUUCGGCUCCCCUGGCGGCACAACUCCCUAAUGUCUACCAGGCGCCAAAUGCGCGGAAUUGUGAACGAAUGUUGUGCCAAGUCGUGCACCAUCUAUGAGAUCAAGGCCUACUGCAAGUGAGGGGCACACACGGAACACAGCACCAGCACCAGCACCGGAACCAGCACCCACUGAAACCUGCACCAAUUGAGCACUGAUACAACUCCCACCCGCCCAACUAGAAGCUAAACAAAUUGUUACGAUAUUUGAUAUAUGUACGUGUAGAUAGAGAGAGACUCAAAUGAAUAUAUUAUGAUGCUCUCAGGAGCUGUUGCAAGAAAAGGGGAAUUUAAAUUGGAUUGGGGAACCCAAAAGCAGAAAUUGGGGAAUGGAUGCGUCCGAGGCUGCCUUUAAAAAUGGCCAAAACAAGUUGUAUCUUAAAGGAAAAGAUUCCGAUUAUUUCGUGGCUAAAAG